AUACACUUCUUUAAUAAAUCUCAUAGAAGCUGAGGACCGGAGUAACCCAAACUCGCGCAAAGCACGGAGCUCAGAGAACUGUUUUCUUAGUUGUUCUUGCAGGUUUCCGAAAUGGAGGAAAAGCAGGAGAAGAGAAGACUAGUCCUGGUUCCAGUUCCAGCUCAAGGACAUAUAUCUCCAAUGAUGCAACUUGCGAAGACCCUUCACUUGAAGGGUUUCUCAAUCACAGUUGUUCAAACCAAGUUCAAUCACUUUAUCCCUUCGGAUGACUUCACUGAUUUCCAGUUUGUCACCAUUCCAGAAAGCUUGCCGGAGUCUGAUUUCAAUCAUCUCGGACCAACAGGAUUUCUGCUUAAGCUCAACAAAGAGUGUCAGGUGAGCUUCAAGGACUGUUUGGGUCAGUUGCUGCUGCCAAAGAGUGAUGAGAUCUCAUGUGUCAUCUACGAUGAGUUCAUGUACUUUGCUGAAGCUGCAGCCACAGAGUUUAAUCUUCCACACGUCAUUUUUAGCACAACAAGUGCCGCGGCUUUUAAAUGUCGCUCUGUAUUUGAGAAACUCUAUGCAAACAAUGGACCAAAAGAACUACAAGAAGAGCUAGUUCCAGAGUUUUAUCCCCUAAGAUACAAAGACUUUCCGGUUUCACGAUCUGCAUCACUCGAAAGUAUAAUGGAGUUUUAUAGGAAUACAGUUGACCAACGGACAGCUUCCUCUGUGAUAAUCAACACGGCGAGCUGUCUAGAGAGCUCAUCUCUAUCUUUUCUGCAACAACAACAACAACAGCUAAAAAUUCCAUUGUAUCCUAUAGGCCCUCUUCACAUGGUGGCCUCAGUUCCUACAAGUCUGCUUGAAGAGAACAAUACCUGUAUCGAGUGGUUGAACAAACACAAGGUAAACUCAGUGAUAUACAUAAGCAUGGGAAGCUUAGCUUUGAUGGAAAUCAAUGAGGUGAUGGAAACGGCUUCAGGAUUGGCUGCUAGCAACCAACAAUUCUUAUGGGUGAUUCGACCAGGGUCGAUACGUGGUUCAGAAUGGACAGAGUCUUUGCCUCAAGAGUUUAGUAAGAUGGUCUCAGAUAGAGGUUACAUUCUGAAAUGGGCACCACAGAUGAAAGUAUUGGCUCAUCCCGCAAUAGGAGGAUUUUGGAGCCAUUGUGGAUGGAACUCAACACUAGAAAGCCUCGGCGAAGGAGUUCCCAUGAUCUGCAGGCCAUUUUCGGGUGAUCAAAAGGCAAACGCGAGGUACUUGGAGUGUGUUUGGAAAAUUGGGAUUCAAGUGGAGGGUGAACUGGACAAAGGACUGGUCGAGAGAGCUGUGAAGAGGUUAAUGGUGGAAGAAGAAGGAGAGGAGAUGAGGAAGAGAGCUGUCAGUUUGAAAGAGCAGAUUAGAGCCUCAGUUAAAAGUGAAGGUUCUUCACAUAACUCGCUAGAGGAGUUUGUACACUUCAUGAGGACUCUGUGAAGAUUGUGUUUCUCUACUACAAUACCCAAAGCAUCAAGAUUCCCUUUUUCAAUAAUUCCAAGUUUGUUUUUAGAUGAUAACUGACUGAAAAGUCAUGGAGGCCAUGA